UUACCUCCUGCAGGUGUUCUGGAGCUCGUCAAAUCAAACGUACGUCCACCAUCCACUGGGUUAUCUGCAUUGUACCUUUCGGGAGUGGAGAGAGAUAAAUUUGAUUGCUUAAGCAACCGUGCACUUGGUAUCGUAACUUAAUUUGGAAAGGUCAAGGAGGAAUUAAAAUAAACGGAUGAUCAUGGGGAAGAGCAACAUUUUCUGUACGCUCCUCAUCGUUGGGAUUCUGGAGAUGAAUGGAGGGGUUGAGGCCUGGGGUAGACUCUUCAAUCGCUUCACACCGGAAAUGCUGUCGAAUCUUGGGUAUGGCGGACAGGGGGGGUACAGACCCAGUUCGCUUCAGCGUCCUCUGGUCGGUAAUUACGGCAACGAUUUCGGCGAGGCACUGCAGUUUGCCGGCGAUGAUGAUUCCUGCGAUCACAGGCCCUGCGGACGCAAUGAAUACUGCUGUCCGGGACAAAUAUGCCUGGCGAAUGAUGCUGAUGGCGGCCCUGAAGGCACUUGCUUCUACUUCCGAGGUUUGAAACAGGGUGAGCUCUGUGUGAGAGAUAAUGAUUGUGAGUCGGGGCUCAUGUGUGGUGACGUCCCCGGUGGCGACACAAGGUCCUGUCAGCCUCCGGUGACAUCCAACAAGCAGUACAGUGAGGAGUGCCUCAUGUCGAGGGAAUGCGACAUCAGCAGGGGUCUCUGUUGUCAGAUUCAGCGUCGCCAUCGUCAGACUACGAGGAAAAUCUGCUCUUACUUCAAGGAUCCACUGGUCUGCAUCGGACCGGUUGCAACUGAUCAAAUAAAAUCUAUUGUUCAGUACACAUCCGGUGAGAAGCGAAUCACCCAGGGACAGCACAAUCGUAAUCUCCUCUAUAAGCGUGGAUUGUUCAUCUAAAUUCACGAUUAACCCCGAUCAAUUCCACAAUACUUAACAUAUCAGAGAUGAAAGUAACGCCGCGAAAUUGAUUUAAUUUCCUCAGCAACUCAGAUAAAUUAAUUUCUCCCAAUGUCUUGGUUCACUGACCAAAUGAAUUGUCCUUAAUCGUAACGUAACGUACGUACCAAUGAAUUUAGAGAAAACAAGAAAUACUGCAAUGAUGACAUAUAAACCUAUGGAAUUAUGUAAAAGCGGAACGAUGAAACGAGUGCAACCGGACAGGUAGUGAACUGGGUCAACAAAUUAAUGAGACAGAUUAUUAAUAAGAAAUGUGGAGUGUGCGGCAGUGUGACUUCCAAUUUACUCGAUUACUACGACUGAAUAAUACAAGACAUAUCAGAGUAGAAGCGAUAGAAGGAAAAUUUAUUCCCUAGAAUUAUAUCCUUUGGCUGUAGCACAAAAUUAAAGUGUAUUCUUUAUGCAUAUGUAA